GGUUACCGUUUCUGUGCCUCCAGCCCCCAGAGACGGAUCUGGCGGUCAUAUUGGGCCGCCUCCUCCUCGCUUAUGAUGGCGGCGGCGACUGCCCCCGGGGCUCCAACUCCAGCGGCCGCGCCGCCUUUCUUCUCCUUCUCCACCAUGGCUGGGCGGGCUCCCUUUUUGCAGCCGGGGCUUUGAAUCGCGUCGGCGCCUGGGCUCGCCCACUCGCGCCGUGACGUCACUUCACGACCCCCGCCCGUGCGCCCGCCCUCUGUACAUGCUCGGAGGCACCACCCCCGCCAGGACUCGGUGGCGCCCGGCGGUUUCCGGCCGUGCUCGGGCGUUUCCGCCUUCGGGACCGCCGGCCUCGCGCUCCCUCUGCCUGCCUGCCUGUCUCCGGUCGGGUCGGGUGUGGCCGCGUGCGCCGCGCGCUGGCUGGCUGGCUGGCAGCAGGAAGGAGGGAGCGGAGGGAGUGUCGCUGGCGGGCGGGCGGGCGAGCGAUCGGGCGCCAUUUUGUGUGGUGCAGCCUCGGAACCUACUAGCCCGCCAGCUCGCCGCCCGCCCGCCAUACGCCCGCCCGCCCGGCCAGCCAGCCGCCAGCGAGCGAUCGAGCGGAGCGCGGGGCCUCAGGCCCGCCCUGUACAGUGACUGUGCCCCGUCCCGCCGCCGCCGUCUCCUCCCUCCUCCUCGGCUCGCUCGCCCGCCCGCCCGCCCGCGCUGCCCCCAGCCCCGCCGCGCUCCUCCGCCCGCGUCUCGCCCCCCAUGGCCGUGGAGAGCCCGAGCGUGCCCCCGCCCAGCAGCCCGCACUCCAGCCCCCCUUCCCCUUCUCCGGCCGCCGCCGCCUCCCUCCUCCACAGCCACCACCACGGCAGCCUGGGCCUCGGCGGCGCCAGCGCCCAGCCGCUCCAACAACAACACCACCACCACGGGCCCGGCCCGGACGAAAGGGAGGAUGGGGAGCUGGAAGAAGGGGAGCUGGAAGAUGAUGGAGGUGAGGAGCCCCAUGACGCAUCAGAGUCGCAUGAGAAGAGUCGGAAGGAAAAAAAUGAGAAGCAUCAUAGUGACUCAGACGAAGAGAAGACUCACCGGAGGAAAAGGAAGCGGCGGAAAGAGCGAGAGAAAGAGAAGCGGAGAUCUAAAAAGAAAAGGAAAUCCAAGCACAAGCGCCAUGCCUCUUCAAGUGAAGAUUUCACCGACUACAGUGAGGACUCGGACUUCAGCCUGAGUGAGAAAGGGCAUCGGAAGUACAGGGAGUACAGCCCUCUCUACUCCUCUUCCCAUCAGCAGUACUCAUCAUCUCACAGUGCCCCAAAGAAAGGAUAUUCCAAAAUGGAAAGCAAGAACUACCCCAUGUAUGAGGAUUACGAGAAUGAGGGCUAUUGUGACUACGAGGGAGAGGAUGAUGAAGACAUGGGCAAAGAAGAGUAUGAUGACUUCACAAAGGAGCUGAACCAGUACCGGAGGGCAAAGGAGGGGACUCAUAGGGGGCGAGGGGGUCGAGGCCGAGGCUACCGUGGGCGUGGAAGAGGGGGGAUGAGAGGACGAGGCAUUGGUAGAGGCAACCGUGGCAGAGGAAGAGGAGAUCACCCGGAGGAGGAGGAGGAGGAAAUGUAUGAAGAGGAAAUGGAGUAUUGCGAAGGAGAAGAGCCUGCAGGUGAAGAUGAGUACGACGACUAUGCCAAGGAGCUGAACCAGUAUCGCAGGAGCAAGGAAGGAAGGGGAAGGGGUUUGGGUCGUGGCCGAGGCCGUGGCUCCAGAGGGCGAGGAGGCAAGGGGAUGGGCCGGGGAAGAGGCCGUGGCAGAGGCGGCAUGGGCAAAGGAGGGGGGAUGAAUGAAGAGGAUGACUACUAUGAUGAUGACAUGGGGGAUGGAGGAGGAGGCAGCGGCAGUGGGAAUUACAGACGGAAUGACCACGAUAAAUCUCACCAGCAAUCAGAUAAGAAAGGAAAAGUCAUCUGCAAAUAUUUUGUGGAGGGCAGAUGCACCUGGGGGGAGCACUGCAACUUCAGCCAUGACAUUGAGCUACCAAAGAAGCGGGAACUGUGCAAGUUUUACAUCACUGGUUACUGUGCCAGAGCUGAAAACUGUCCCUACAUGCAUGGGGACUUUCCUUGUAAGCUGUUUCAUACGACUGGGAAUUGCAUAAAUGGAGACGACUGCAUGUUCUCUCAUGAGCCUCUCACAGACGAGACACGGGAGCUGCUGGAUAAGAUGUUGGCAGAUGACGCAGAAGCAGGAGCAGAAGAUGAGAAGGAAGUGGAGGAGCUGAAGAAGCAGGGCAUCAACCCCUUGCCAAAGCCGCCUCCUGGGGUAGGGCUGCUGCCCACUCCCCCUCGGCCACCGGGGCCACCAGCUCCAACAUCUCCCAAUGGCCGGCCGAUGCCUGGAGGGCUACCCGCUCCACCGCCGCCCCCGCCACCCCUUCCUCCCCCAGGGCCACCGCAGAUGCCACCACCACUCCAUGAGCCCCUCUCACCCCAGCAGCUGCAGCAGCAGGACAUGUACAAGAAGAUCCCCUCGCUCUUUGAGAUUGUGGUGAGGCCCACAGGUCAGCUGGCUGAGAAGCUGGGAGUGAGGCACCCAGGCCCAUCUCCGCCUCGGUUCCCUGGGCCUGGGCACCCCGACAUGCCCCCCGACAUGCCCCCCGACAUGCUCCCGGACAUGCUCCCGGACAUGUGCCCAGACAUGCCAAUGGGCCCAGGAAUGAACCCCGGCCCUCCUAUGGGACCUGGGCCCCCAAUGAUGCCCUUUGGGCCUGAUGAGAUGCCUCCUGGCCCACCAGCACAAGACUUCUAUGACAACUUCUACCAGCAUCAAGAAGCCUUGGAGAUGGACCCCAACCUGAUGGGUGGCCCAGAGGGCUAUGGGAACUAUGAGGAGAUGGAUGAAUUGCCUGGGGAAAAUAUCUUCCCUGACCCCUCCCUGGAGCCAGAUCCCUUCUGUGAUGGAGGGGUCUCCAGACUGCAAAAGCCCUCCUCGAAUGUCCCAGACUUCCUGCCGUCCACCCAGAGGGCUCUGUACCUUCGUAUCCAGCACAAGCAGCAGGAGGAGGAGGAAGAGAGGGCUCGCCGGCAGGCAGAAGGCUGCAAGCAAGAGCGGGAGCAUGACGAAGGUGACACUGGCAAUUGGUACUCCAGCGAUGAGGAUGAUGGCAGCAGCAGCGUCAGCUCCAUACUGAAGACGCUACGGCAGCAAAGUUCCAGCAGGCCCCAUGAAGACACGGCCGGUAACGCUUGCCCUGCCUCAGGCAGGAGUGACCCUCGCCUGCAGAAACCCCAGCCGUCAGGAAGUAACAGACCAGCUGACCCUCGCCUUCUGCGUGAUCCUCGGCUUUCUCGAAACAUGGAGGCUUCCACUCCAUCUGGCGCUGGAGAUGCGGGGCCCACUGAUCCAAGACUGGCACGGCACAUUCCCCCAUCUGCCCCCAAAGCAGAAGCUCUGCAUUCCAGCCCCACCGUUGGCCAGAAAGGCGUUCCAGCUCCUGAGGAGGAGGAAGGGGAAAGGGCGCUAAGAGACAAGCCUGCCACUAUUCCUCUGGAUGCAUUGUCAAAUCUCACCCUGCGGGACCCCCGCUGUCAGCUGCAGCAGUUCAGUCACAUCAAGAAAGACAUUGUCCUGAUCAAGCCCAGCUUUGCCCGCAUGGUCCUUUGGAGCCCUGAGGACCUCAUCCCACUGCCUGUCCCCACACAGGAGUUUGUCCCUGUCCCGGCUGCUCUCCAGUCCCUGCCUGCUGUGGAUCCACGCUUGAACCGGCCUCAGAACACCAGCCUUUCUGACCCCAGGCAGCGGGCGGCAGCCCCAGCUGAAGCCUCGGCCAGCUCUGGCUCCAGCCUCCCAGACUUUGAGCUGCUCUCCAGGAUAUUGAAGACAGUCAAUGCGGCAGGCAGCCCAGCCCAGAGUGACAAGCCAAGCGAUCCCCGGAUGCGAAAAGCCCCCCCUGACCCAAGGCUGCAAAAAGCUUGUGAGCAGGCAUCUUUGGGGCCCUCAAAGCCAACAGAUGCUGCCAAUGCUUCAGCAACUGGUCUUGCUGCCAGCUCUGAGGCAGCUCCUAGCAUAGCUCCCUAUGACCCCCGUCUGCUAACAGCAGGGGGGCUGAGCAGAGGCACUGGCCAGAGCAACGUCCUUAGUGGGAUCAGUCUCUAUGACCCAAGAACUCCAGGCUCCAGCUGCAAGACGGUGGAAUCUGCCGCUGGUGAGGGGAGCCUAGCGGCCAAGGGCUCUGAUGGCAGCAAAGGCAGCAGCAGAGGGAAAGAACCCUUGUUUGUGCGCCGGUCAGCCCUGGACCAGCUGGAAGCAGAGAAGCCUAGUGCAGACCCUUCUACCGACAGAUACAACAGCUACAACCGGCCACGACCCAAGGCAGCCGCCACUGCCACUGCUGCUGCCGCCACACCUGCCACAGAGACUGCCACGCAGCCUGGCAUACACAACCUCCCUGUGCCCCCUGUCUAUGGCAUGGUGAAGCAGGCAGCCAAGUCUGGGGCAGUCAGCCCAUUUGCUGGAAACAGCCCUGCCCAGGAGGGCGAACCACAGGACGCUGGCUCCUUAAAGGAUGUUUUUAAAGGCUUUGACCCCACAGCUUCCCCAUUCUGCCAGUAGUAUUAAAGACUUGCACAUGCAGCCUUGUGUCCACGAGAAGCAGCAGUGUUCGUAACUUUUUUUAUUCCAUUUAUCUCCCCCCCCCAAGCUUACCAUGUAACUUGUGUAUAUAUAUAUCCUUUGGGUUUUGCUCCGUGCUAUAGCGUGUAAUAUCCAGGCUGCAUUAUAAACAAGUAAUCAGAGUAUCUCAAGUAGCCCUAGCCAGUAUUGUCUGAUGCCCCAAGAACUCCUCCUUGGAUUUAUUUGAAGUCCACCUGAAAUCAUUCAUUGUUUUCUAAUCUUCUUUGGAAAACUUGGCCAGCUAGUCCCGCCAGCCUCUAACCCUUCCUUUGCACAGUGGGCUAUAUCUGAACCCCACCUGCUUCUCCUCCUCUUCAGGUAUUGUCUAUGGGAUGGAGGAGAGACUGGUGAAAAAAGAUGGUUCUUACCCUGUUGCUUCGAGGGUUGAAGUGUUGGCCAUGCUGAUCUGUAGAAUAUAUGUAUCUUCAUUUCUAAGCUGUAACAAAAUAUGUGUAUCAUAGCCUUUUUUUAAAAAAAAAACCAAAUCUCGUGCAGUGAAAAUUACCAUGGAGAAAUAACCAUGUUGAAUUAUUUUUGUAAUUGUGUUGGAUUUUGUUUUAAGUACCUGUCUGUCUGCCAUUUCCUGGAGAUUGCGAGAUUGUGACGAGAUCCAGCUGAACUAGAACAGGGUGCUACAUCGGAUGGGGGGUGGCAGCCUCUUCAAAAGUGAUGAAUUCUACCAAAACUGAAUUUGUAGUAUUGAAAUUAAAUUAUUAAUGUCCCUUCGAUUUCACUUGUAUGUCUUCUACCAUUUCCUUAAUAAGCAGGCACUGCCAGAGUUCUAAAAUGGUAGAUUAUGUAAUUCCUAUAAAGAACUGUUUCACAGGCCUCUUUUGGAGAUGGGCUGGCUAAUAUUAGAGCACACCAAGGCUCAGAGUCUCUGCUGCAGAGUAGGUUCACUUAAAAUCCAGACUGAACAGUUCGCAAGAUUCAGUGUAUUUUUAAAUGUGGAAAUCUUGCUGAAGGUGGCUGUCCUUUUGAUGGCAUCAAAAGAGCAAGUGCCUAGAGUCAGUGCUGCAGAUGUAGCCAUGAUAAGGAACAGAAGCAAAUCCCAGAGAUGGUUACUGUUCUUGAGUUUUUCUGGAACUGUGGCCCCAUUACAGCUGACUUGCCAACUGAGUCUGUACUCAGUCCCAAGCAGAACCUUUUCAAAGGGAAAAGAGACUUGCAGCCUGCAUUUGCUUCCUUGCUGCUGUCCAGCGUAGUACUGCCCCCUCCAACUAUGCUCCAUUGUCGUAAGAGUGAUGUCAUGUUUCCUUUUAAAGCACACACCGUUCUUUGCCCUCAUCCUGUGGAAAGAAGUGACUGCAGCCUCUUGGUGUUGUCCUUCUGAGGGCUAGCUGGAAAUGGGCUGCUACUUUUUAUGAUCUGGUUUGUUCACCUGCACUUGAAGAAAUCCAAGGCAGGAGACAAUGCCUAUGAUUUGGAGAGGGUGGCCUGAGAAAAGUAUUUCACAACAAGGGUAUUAACAGCUGUUAGGAAAGUGUUCUUAAAAAGCUUAAGCUGCUUUCUCACAAGGAACCUGUCUGGUGCCCCUGCCCAGGGAACACGGAAGAGGAUGCAGAAUGCCUCCCUUUCCUCGGACUGAGUCUGUCCUGGUGAACAAACGUGGUUUGAAUGAAGCAUGCUCCAAACAAUGCUGACCCUGCUCCCAGAAGACCUGGAGCAGGUUGGUCUGCCCUCCAAAAUGGAUGUCAGAAUCCUGAGUGGUGAAAGCUUUAAGUGUGUUCCUCUCUCUGUGUGUGAGAUGAGUGGAGUGUGUCUUCACUGUGAAACUGACUAACUGUAAGAAUGUCUUUCCCUGGGGCAUGGUGUGUAAGCGCUGCUGGCUGCAUUUGAUGUGGUGGGAGGCUCAUCUUGUGAAAAAAGUAUUUAGAAUUUGAAAAACAGCUUUAAGGUCUUAGCAUUACUUGGAAGUGGAGUAGAGUCAGGGAUCCAGAUGAGCAUUAUUAGUGCCUGAACUUAGCAGUGUUUAAGCAUCUUGGAAGGUUGGUUGUUUCCCCAUACCUGUGCCUUUGCAAAUCUUCCUGUUUCAGGCAUAUUCAUCUAAUUUAAAUGUGGUUUGUUUCUUGCCUGCGUGCAUAACAUCCGCAGUGUAUUUUAGAAACUGACUUAUGAAUAGGGGGGAAGCGCUCCACCUGACUACAAACUUGCACCAGUUUUCCUUGCUGAAAGCCAAGACAGUUAAGUUGAUUGCCUGCUCUACAAACUUAUAGCAACUUCACUGUUAAUGGCUUUGUGAAUACACGUUGAAGUCUGGCUAUUUUUCUGUGAGAGGAGCAGUGAUUUAGAACAAAAUUCUCGGCAACCUCCCAAAACUACAGCUUCCGUGGCUCCCUGGUGGAUCUGUCUCUUAAACUGGUGUAAAGGUUGCGAGUAUAACUCUUUAACUAGGGAGAGAGAUGCUUUGUGAAGUAUUCUGUCGUGUGAGCUUACUUAGGUAUAGAUGCUCAGUGACAUUUGUAUAAUAAAUCUGAUAUUUUGUAAAAACUAAAAUCCCUUCAGUAGACACAAAUGGCAAAAACUCAUGCUAAUUGAUAAAAUUGGUCAUCUCCCAGAGCUUUAUAAACAUGCUAUAAAAUGUAAAUAUUGUUUGAAGUGGGGUUUGUAUAUAUUGUACUGGUAUUUUUACAGUGAGUUUUUGGUUGCAUGGCUCUGUUUACUUUCUUUUUUUAUCACACGUUUGUCUUCCAACAAUGUCAUCCAGACUCAAGUCUCCUAUCAUUGUACUGCUGACAUUAAAUGAUGCAGUGAUUUUAAAGGCU